UUUUAGUAGGACUCUGUCACCAGGAGGGAGAACAGACACUCCGAGGCUCUGAUCUCCAGCAUUUCCAUCAGCUCUCCUUCUUUUUUUAUGUUGCUUUCCUCUUUGGAGUUAUUCAUCCUGCACUGACUUCUUCCUGCAGAUGCUGCAUCAGCUCUGCUUCAGUUAACAGCAGGCCUUACACCUCCAGGCGGAUCGAGCGGACAGGUGAUGAACGGAGCCGGGUUAUGGGUGCUGCUCCUGGGCUGCUGCUGCUGCCUCGCUGCGGCGCAGGAGCUGCCGGCCGGCGGCCUGAACGGAUACAGCCUCCACCCGCCCUACUUCAACCUGGCGGAGGGGACCAAGAUCACCGCCACGGCGACCUGCGGGGAGGACGAGAGCGGCAGGAGCCUGCAGGACCUGUACUGUAAGCUGGUCGGGGGCCCGGUUUCCGGGGACCCGAGCCAGACAAUCCAGGGGCAAUACUGUGACAUCUGCAGCCAGGAGGACAGCGAUCGGGCCCAUCCCAUCACUAACGCCAUCGAUGGGACAGAGAGAUGGUGGCAGAGCCCGCCUCUGUCCCGCAGCACGGAGUUCAACCAGGUCAACGUCACGCUGGAUCUGGGACAGGUCUUCCAUGUGGCCUAUGUGUUGAUCAAAUUUGCCAACUCCCCCCGUCCGGACCUCUGGGUUCUGGAGAGAUCCACAGACUACGGUCUGACCUACCAGCCCUGGCAGUUCUUUGCCUCCUCCAAAAGGGACUGUAUUGAACGCUUUGGACAGAGGACCAUAGAGCGAAUCAACCAUGACGAUGAUGUUAUCUGCACCACAGAGUACUCUCGUAUAGUCCCGCUGGAAAACGGAGAGAUUGUGGUGUCCCUGGUGAACGGCCGUCCCGGGGCCAUGAACUUCUCCUAUUCACCAGUGCUUAGGGACUUCACCAAGGCCACCAACAUCAGGCUCCGCUUCCUAAGGACCAACACCCUUCUGGGACACCUGAUGGGCAAGGCACUGCGUGACCCCACCGUCACCCGGAGGUACUACUACAGUAUCAAAGACAUCAGCAUCGGAGGAAGAUGUGUGUGUAAUGGACACGCUGAGGCCUGCAACGCCAAUGACCCAAAUGAUCCUUACAAGUUGCUGUGUGACUGUAAGCACAACACCUGCGGCGUUUUUUGUGACCAAUGCUGCCCCGGGUACAACCAGUUACCGUGGAAACCUGCGACGACCUACAGCGCUAAUGAAUGCGAACCCUGUAACUGUCACCGUCACUCUUUCGACUGUUACUACGAUCCUGAGGUGGACCGAAGGAGAGCCAGUCUGGACAUCCAUGGACACCACAGAGGAGGAGGCGUCUGCCUCAACUGCCAGCAUCACACCACCGGAGUCAACUGUGAGCGUUGCAUCCCCACCUACUACAGGUCACCGGACCAUCCCAUCGACUCCCCUCUGGCCUGUCUGCCCUGUAACUGUCAGUCAGAGUUCACAGACGGUACGUGUGAGGAUCUGACCGGACGUUGCUUCUGCAAACCGAAAUACACUGGAGAGAACUGCGACGCCUGUGCCAGUGGCUUUAUUAACUUCCCUGAGUGUUACCCCAUCUCCACCGAUCCCACUAACAAUGAGAACAACGGUGAAGCCAAACCAGCUGGAGAGAUCAUCAACUGUGAGUGCAGCGCUGCAGGUACUGUAGAUAACUCCUGCAGGACGGACCCUCGAACUCAAACCUGCAUCUGUAAACCCGGGUUCACUGGGGACCACUGUGACACCUGCGCCCCUGGUUUCUACGGCCUUAACUGCCAGGCCUGUCAGUGUUCGGGUCCGGGAUGCCAAGACGGGUCAUGUGACUUGGUGACUGGUCAUGGAGUGUGUCGGAGUGGUUUCCAGGGUUACCAAUGUGAUCAGUGUGCGCCUGGUUACUUCAACUACCCCCUCUGCCAAUUCUGCGGCUGCAGCAUAGACGGCUCUCUUCCUGAGCGCUGCGAUGACUCCGGCCGCUGUCUCUGUAAACCAGAGUUUCAGGGUCCUCGCUGUGAGCAGUGCAGCUCUGGAUUCCACUCCUUCCCUAACUGUCAAGAGUGCUCCUGUGAUCCCCGCACCUCAUUAGAGAGCCGCUGUUCCGCCUCCGGUGCCUGCCACUGCCGACCCAACUACAGCGCGGUGUCAUGUGACCAGUGCUCCCACGGUUACUAUGGCUACCCGAGCUGCACGCCCUGCCAGUGUUCCCCGCUGGGGUCACGCUACACAAGCUGCGACCAGAUGACCGGCCAGUGCGUUUGUCUGCCCGGCGUGGUGGGACUGAGGUGUGACAGCUGUGAGCACGGCUCAUACGGCUUCCCCAGCUGUCAAGCUGGUACGUGUCACCCAGCUGGAUCCGUCCAGUAUGUCGUCCUGCCACCUGUUGGUCAGUGUGAGUGUCGUCGUCAUGUCGAGGGCCCAGCUUGUGACAAAUGCAAACCUCUGUACUGGAACCUCUCCCCGGACGUGCCUGAUGGAUGCUCCAGCUGUGAGUGUAACACUGCAGGGACCCUGAGUGCUGUUGCUGAGUGUGCACAGGAGACUGGUGACUGUCACUGCAAGCCCAACGUCUGCAGUGGAACCUGCUCUACUUGCAAAGAGGGCUACUACAACCUGCAGGAUCACAAUUACUUUGGCUGCCAGGGUUGCCAGUGUGACAUUGGGGGCUCCAUCGGUCAGUUUUGUAGCCAGCAAAGUGGUCAGUGUGACUGUCGGCCCAACAUUGAGGGGUCAAGGUGUAACCUACCUCGUCCAGAUCAUUACUUUCCAGACCUCCAUCAUCUGAAGUUUGAGAUUGAGGAGGGAACCAUGAUGGAUGGUCGACCCGUCAGAUUUGGUUACAACCUGCUGGAGUUCCCAGACUUCAGCUGGAGAGGUUAUGCCCAGAUGUCCACCAUUCAGUCCAACGUGCUGGUGUCGGUGUUUGUCACUUCUCCGGAUCUGUUCCGUGUGGUGCUGCGCUACAGCAACUGGGGCGGUUCGGCUGUUCGGGGCAGGGUGUCGAUCAUAGAAGACGGCUGGAAUCAUUUCUGUGGUAACUGUUCAGAACAGUCCAAACAAAUCGUCUUUGCACCCAGUGUGCAGCCGACCUUCGUCAAUGUCCCCCAGAACAACUAUGUGGAGCCUUUCGUCCUGAACCCAGGAACCUGGACCGUAAUAAUAGAGGCUGAGGGGAUCUUGCUAGACUACCUUGUGUUGCUGCCCAGCGCCUACUAUGAAGCUCCUAUCCUGCAGAUUAAAGUCACGGACCCCUGCACAUACAGCUUUGUUCCUGAACAAAACCAGAACUGCCUGCUGUACAAGUACCUGCCUCUGGACUACUUCCCCUCCAUCUCCGGAAACGACGGCAACUGUCGUCAUGACAACCACCUGCCACGACCCUGCCCCACAGAGAAGGUUACGCCGCGUCACCCUGACAUGGCCGUCUGCAGCGGAUUGGACAUCAGCAUAGAGCUGCAAAAGCAUCUGGUCUCUCCUGGAGACCAUGCUCUGGUGGUGGAAUACGCCAGUGAAGAGGAGCUGCCACAAACUCUGACAGUCACCGUUAACUCGCCUGGAGCGCGAACACAGCGCCACCAUGUCACCCUCCUGCACUGCAAGUUCAGCUUCCUGUGUCGAGUCGUGGCAGUUGAUGAACAGAAGCGGGUGGCAUUCUUCUCACUGCCUGCUGAUGCCGAGAUCCAGAUGUCCUCUGAGCGUGCCUCCUUCUUUUUGCACAAAGUCUACUUGGUGCCCAAAGACCUGUUUACCAUGGAGUAUGUGGAGCCUAAGGUCCACUGCAUCAGCACUCAUGGACAGUUCUCCUCUGACAGUUCCUCCUGCAUCCCUUCCCGCUUCCAGACACCGUCAGACUCUCUGGUCCUGAGGGAGGGCCAGAGCUCCUCCACUCAGGAAGAGCCCGUUCAGGCGUCUCCUGCAGCAGCUCCUCCGCUUUCCUCCAACCAGAGGGACGAGCCAGCCUGGAUGGAAGAAGUCAGACCUCCCUUCGGCGCAGAUAACAACCACCACAUGCGUCUGGACUCGCUGCAGAAUGCAGCAGUGUACACAGCCCGUAUCCAGUCUCUUGGCCGCUACGUCUUCAUCCUCCAUUAUCAUCAGCCCCUUCAUCCCACCUAUCCAGUCCAAGUCUACAUUAACGGAGGACUGAUCUGGCAGGGUCAGACCAACGCCUCCUUCUGUCCCCACGCUUACGGCUGCAGAGACGUGCUGGUUUCAGAGAACCAGAUCAUUCUGGAUGUGACCCACCAUGACGUCUUCCUCACGGUGCAGGUCCCUCCAGGAAAGACGCUGUGGCUGGACUACGUACUUGUGGUUCCAGAGAAAAGCUUCAAAUCCAGCUACCUGAACGAGGAGCCUCUGGACAAAUCAUACGACUUCAUCAGCCACUGUGGCCAAAACAGCUUCUAUAUCAACCCCUCCACUGCUUCCCCGUUCUGCCUCAGCUCGGCAGUAUCGCUGUCGGCCUUUUUCAACAACGGGGCAAUGCCCUGCGCUUGUCAUGAGGCGGGAGCCGAAAGCGACACCUGCGAGCUAUUCGGCGGCCAGUGCCAGUGUAGGCCCAACGUGAUUGGACGAGACUGCUCCAUGUGCGCCACUGGCUACUGGGGAUUUCCUCACUGCAGACCCUGUAACUGUGGUACGAGAUUAUGUGAGCCUGUGACGGGGGAUUGCAUCUGUCCACCAAGGACUCUACGCCCUGAGUGCAUCCAAUGUGAGCCGCAGACCUUUGGCUGCCACCCGGUGGUUGGCUGUGAGGUCUGCAACUGCUCUCGGCCCGGCGUUGUGUCUCCUGACGUGAGCUGUGACACGGACAGUGGACAGUGCAGGUGCAGGAACAACGUUGUUGGUCGUCAGUGUGACCGCUGCGCGCCUGGUUUCUAUGGUUACCCCAACUGCAGGCCGUGCGACUGCAACGAAGCGGGAACCGAGGAGGAAGUGUGCGACUCCUUUACAGGAAUGUGUCUCUGCAAGGAAAACGUCCAGGGCUCCCGCUGCGAUCAGUGCAGGAUAGGUACUUUCCACCUGGACCCAACCAACCCCAAAGGAUGCACCAGCUGCUUCUGCUUCGGGGCCACGGACCGGUGUCACAGCUCGGACAAGAGACGGAUAGAGAUCAUGGACAUGGAAGGCUGGGUGCUCCUUGGAGCGGACCGACAGGAAGUCCCGGUCACGGUGUAUCCUGAUCAGGAUCUUGUAGAAGCUGACCUCAGCGACGUGCCUGAUGUCUACCAGGACCUGCACUGGCAUGCACCGAAGACAUACCUGGGAGACAAGGUCUCUUCGUACGGCGGAUCCUUGCGGUACCGUCUUCACACUCAGACCAUGAGAGGCGACGCUCUACCUCUGCCGGCCGAAGCCUCCAGACCCGACAUUAUUCUAAAGGGGAACCAGAUGACCCUGGUAUUUAUGGAGAGAGAAUACUCAGCACCUGAAGACCCUCACCUGGGAAUUGUUCACAUAGUUGAGGGAAGCUUCCGUCACGCUCGGACCGGAAACUCUGUGUCACGGGAGGAGUUGAUGAUGGUUUUGGUCAACUUGGAGUCUCUGCAAAUCCGAGCCCUUCACUCCCAGUCGGCCCACUCCGUGUCGCUCCGCGGUGCCGUGUUAGAGGGUGCAGCCGACCUGACCACAGGACGACAUGCAAACAAUGUGGAGAUCUGCAUGUGUCCGGCUAACUACUUAGGAGACUCUUGUCAGAAAUGUGCUCCGGGUCACUACAGGGACACCAUCGGACUGUUCCUUGGGAAAUGUGUUCCCUGUAACUGUAAUGGACACUCGGACCAUUGUUUGGAUGGAUCUGGAGUCUGUCUGAAUUGCCAGCACAAUACUGUGGGGGACCAUUGCAAGAGCUGCAUGGGAGGUUUCCUUAGCAACAACAGUCUGGACGGACAGUCCGUUUCCUGCUCCAGCUGCCCCUGCCCUCUCAGGGCCCCGUCCAACAACUUUGCAGAAGGCUGCGUGCGAGAGGGGGACAGGAUGCAGUGUCUGUGUAUGCAUGGCUAUGCUGGACCAAACUGUGAAAGGUGUGCCCCUGGUUUCUACGGUAACCCCAUGGUUUUCGGCAGCAGUUGUCAGCCGUGCAAUUGCAAUGGUAACACAGACCCUAACAUGCUGUUCACCGACUGUCACCCCCUGACUGGACAAUGCCUCAACUGCAUGGACAACACGGCAGGACCUGACUGUGACAUCUGUUCUCCUGGUUACUAUGGAGACGCUAUACAUGCCAAAAACUGUACCAAAUGCAGCUGUUCUCCAUGUGGAACCGAAUCCUGUGACCCUCACACAGGACAGUGUCACUGUAAGCCAGGAGUCACUGGACCGCUCUGUGACCAUUGUCAGGAUGGAUCGUUUGGCUUCAGCUCAUGCUCUGGCUGUCGUCAGUGUGAGUGUGAUGCCUCAGCAGCCCUGGUUGUGCCGUGCGAUCCUCAGAACGGCCAGUGCACCUGCCAGCCAGGAGUCAACGGACCAAACUGUAAACAGUGCGCUCCUGGAUUCUGGGACUAUGGACCUGACGGCUGCAAGAAGUGUGAUUGUAACGGAGGCCGCUGUGACCCCCGGACAGGGGAGUGCCGUUGUCCAGACGGGAUGACAGGAAAACAGUGUGACAUCUGCUUGCAGAAAUACAGCGUUCCAGUAGAUGGCGGCACGCACUGCGAACCGUGCGACAGCUGCGUCAUGGUGCUGCUGGACGAACUGGAUACGCUGAACGACAACUUUACUGCCGUCGCCCGGCAGCUGAGGAACCUCAACGCCAGCUCCAUGGCUUGGGCUCAGCUCGACAGCCUCAACAAAUCUAUAGAGGACGUCGCUCGAGCCAUCGAGAACUACAACAACACGCUGGAUACAAGCAGGAAUCAGCUCGACAUGCUGGACAUAGACAUAAACAACAUCGGUACUGAUAUCGAUGAGCUGCGCAGAAAGUCUGAAGUAAUGACAGACAGGGUUGGUGAAGUAGAUAACAGUACCUCCGACACACACCAGAGGGCAGAAGAUCUGCUGAAAUUCAUUAACAACAUCACCAUAGACAUAAACGCGCUGCUGCGCAUGGCAAACCAGUCCCUGAAUGAAACAGACGGUGAACAGGAUGGGGAGGAGCAGCAGAGGAAGAUCGAGGAGGUUCAGGCCAUGCUGAGGGAGAUGAGGUACAGGAGCUGUGUGGGUCAAAAGAAAAUGGCCGACAAAGAGAAGAGCGAAGCAGAGAAGUUGUUGGAUGGUGUUAACAAGGAGCUGGUAAACCAUCAGGAGGAAAACCUCAAUUCAUCCAAGGCCAUCAUGGACCGCCUGCUCCGUUUCCUCUCUGACAUAAAAGACCUGCGAGACGCUCUGAACGAGGCUGUGAACAACACCGCCAGAGCUGCAGAACUCAACAGUGUCAAUGAGAAAACUCUGGAGGAAAACAAGAGGAAGGCUGAAGACUUGCUAAUGAAGCAGAAGGAGGUGAAUGACACCAUGGACAUGGCCGUCGCUGACGUCACUCAACUCAACAUGCUGGCUCAGAUGCUGCAGGAGUCCAAAACGGAGUACGAACAUCUGGCAGCGGAGCUGGAUGGAGCCAGGCAGCCUUUGGCAAAGAAGGUGCAGACCUUCGCUGAAACCAACAACCUAAUCCCACUAGUGGAGAAGGCGGAGAAACACGCUGAGCUGCUGAACGAGUUAGCCAUGAACUUGACCAGUUUGGUUUCAGAAACCAACAAGGAUCCGUCUGUGGAUUUAACAAAAGCCUACAACAACAUUGUCAACAAGAUCAGUGCAGCAGAAGAGGCUGCGAGGAUGGCUGAGAAGGCCGCCAAUGACACCCUACAGAAUAUAAAGAACCAGGACCUCGGAAACAUGGCAAGCGCUCUGAAGAACCACAGCAUGGACCUGCUUGAUGAAGUCAAACAGCUGGACGAUGAACUGAACAAUACCCUGAAGGCAGAGCUGGACGACGCUCAGAAAAGGCUGAACGAAACCAGAGCUAAGCAAGAUCAAGCAUUAAAGGAUUUGGAAGCAAUUCAGAAAAGCCUCAACUUCACAUCAAAUACGACCCAGCUGAUCAAUGAAGCGAAAAUGGCGGCGAAUGAAGCAAACAGCACGGCCACCAAGGUCAAUGACGUCUUGGAUACAAUGAAAGAGCAGCUGGACAAAUGGCAGCAAACUUACGGCAACGUCAACUCCAGCAGCGAUGACAUCAACAAGGCCCUGAUAAAUGCCUCAGAAACGGUUCAAAAGCUGGAAGAAGAUAUCCCGACUCUGAUGAAGAAACUUGAUGAUCUGCAGAAUUAUACCGUCCAAAUGCCAAACAUCUCUGAGAACAUUAACCGGAUCCGGCAGCUGAUUCAGGAAGCGCGCAGCGCUGCCAACAGGGUGAGCGUGCCCAUGAAAUUCAAUGGAAAGUCUGCAGUUGAAGUUCGUAUGCCGCCUAACCUGGCUGACCUGGCUGCCUACACCUCCAUGAAGUUCGAUAUCAAGCUGCCAGAGGCCAAGCGGAAAAAGAGAUCCACUGAUGGCUCAACAGCACAGCUUGUCUUGUUCCUCGGCAACAAAAAUUCCAGUAAGGAGUUUAUGGCAUUGACGUUAAAGGAGAAUAAACUGCACUGGUAUUUCAAUGUUGGAGGAGAAACUGCUGAAGUGUCUGAUGAAAUCAAAGUUACUGAAAACUUCGUUGAAGUUUUCUUGGAAAGGAUCCUCCAGUUUGGUCAAAUUUCCAUCACAUAUGUUGAAAAAGGGGAAGAAAGGACCAACAAAGAAAACGGGGAGGCUAAAGGUGAUCAGGGACUGCUCAACCUCUUAACCACGGGCACUGUCUUCUAUGUUGGCGGACCCCCAGAUUCUUUCCAGCUGCCAGCCCCAUUUGACAAAGCCAAAGGAUUCGAGGGAUGCAUUCUGCUGGAAACGCUGAACAAGGAGGUCCUCAGUCUGUAUAACUUUGAGAAAACCAUCCAGCUCAGCACUUUAACGGACAGACCAUGCGUCAGGACCCCACUGAGACUGAGCCGGCCGUGGGUGACUGAUGGGGCCUAUUUUGACGGAACCGGCUUUGCUGAGAUCGUCUUUAAUAAAGAUAAUGUUUUACGCUUUGAGCAGGAAUUCAGACUUAUCUCACAGCAAGGAAUUAUAUUACUAUUAAAACAUCAGAUGCAGUUCUUUUGCAUGGCCGCACUUCAGGGAGAGAUCCAUGCUUUCUAUAACUUCAAUGGUACUUUGGUUGAUAUGAAAUCUAAAGUAACAAAGGAUUUGCUGAAGAUUACUGAUGGGAACUCAAAAAUGCUCCAGGUUUUCCUUGUUAACAGCACUAAACAAGUUGCGAUAAAGCUAAACAAUGACUUCAUCUUUCAACAAACUUUAACUGCGAAAUUACCCGGGUUUGACACGACAUACUAUCUGGGAGGAGCACCAGAGGAGGAGAUACCGGGCAGUCUGAAGGCGCUGUUUUCAGGACAGACCUCCAUGAAAGGCUGUUUCAGGAACAUCAAGACCAGCAGGGGUUUCGUCACUCUGUCCAGCAUGAAAACCUCUGGAGUCAGUUUCGGCUGUGAUGACGACCUGCUGGUCGUUCGGGAGGCUCACUUUAGAGGUCAGAACUACCUGCAGUUAGCCCCCACAUCUAUCAACAACCUGAAGAACGACUUCUACGCCAGCUUCAGCUUCAGAACAGAUGAGAAGGACGGCCUUAUAUUGUACCACAGGGAUCAGGAGGCGAUCUGUCAGGUCUCUUUACAGAAGGGCCACAUUGUGGUGAGGGCUGCCGACAGCGAGGUUAAGACUCAGAUGACGUACAAUGAUGAUAAUAGCCACAAUAUUGCCUUCUACAGCAACGUUAACGGGUUGCGUCUGUACGUGGACGACAUGCUGGAGAAGGGGAGUGGCAGCAAGAAGCCGAGCAGCAAUCCACCUGAUCCUCCAACUAGUGUCACCUUCCUGGGAGGAUCACCUUACCAGAAUCUCAACAAUCUUACAGGAUGCAUUAGUAAUGUCUUCAUAAAGAGCACAAAUGACCAAACAGUUCUGGACUUACUGAAGGCUAAACUAAAUGUGAACGUCCCUCUGAGCUGUCCUGCAGCUAAAAAACCUCAACAGAUCAUUGCUACUCAGCACAAACGCAAACAUAAGGGCAAUCAAAAGAAGCCGCCGAAAUCUCGCAGUCGCAGUACCAGGGAGUCCUGCCAGAGGGAGCUGUCGCACCCUGAAAGCAGAGCGAUGCACUUCAGCGGCUCUACCUACAGCUACCAGAGACAGGAUUCUGUGAUGAUCAGAUCCAUCUCUCACCUGUCCUUAGAGGUGAAGAUCAACUCCUCUGACGGCUGCAUCCUCUACGCAGCCGGCAGGCGGCACGGCGGACCGGUGAUGUCGCUCAGCGUCUUAAAAGGCCACCUGUUGCUCUCAGUAGAGGCAGCAGGGGUCAAAGUCAAAGUACGCAGCCUGAACAGAUACAACGACGAGCGGUGGCACCCGGUUUUCAUAAAGCAUGAAGGGAACAAGAUCAUUCUGACAGUAGGUGGCAUCAGCGUUCGAUCUAAGAGGAUACCUGGAGGCAGCAAGAUGCGGAUCACAGGGCCUUUAUUUAUUGGAGGAAUCCCAGCCUCAAUCAAGCCUACAGGUUGUGAUGGUUUCAUCGGAUGCAUCAGGGAUCUGAAGCUGAACGCAGUCCCUGCAGGAAACCCAGCUUACAGUCAGGGGGUGGUGCCCUGCUUCCAGAACCCUCUACAACCUGGAGUGUACUUCUCUGGGGAGGGAGGACACAUGGAAAUAGACAACUCUCUGGUUCUGGGUCGGGAUUUUGAGAUCCAACUGGAGGUUCGACCCACUUCAGACUCUGGGCUGGUGUUGCACGCGGGAACUUCAUCUGACCAGUACCUGAGCUUGGUGCUAAGCCAGGGGGAGGUGAUUGUUUCCAUAAACAGUGGCAAAGGGGAAUUCUCUACCUCUUUAAUCCCUGAGGAGCCUCUGUGUAACAGGCAAUGGCACACGAUCAGAGUGGUGAAGAUAAACAACCUCCUGCAACUGCAUGUGGAUGGAAGCAGUGAACAGACUGUGGGCCCGAAACAGAGCCGGUCUGCCGGAGCUAAAGCUACCGUACACCUUGGAGGCGCACCAAGUGAGAUCAAAGCGUCCAACCACCUUCACGGUUCCCCAGCUUUCCAAGGCUGCUUCCACCAUGUUAGCAUCAACCGUAGACCUGUGAUGUUGUCCAAACCGCUCUCUGUGCACGGAGCCGUCGGAACUCAAGGCUGUCCUCACAUGUAGGCAUAUCCUCACAUUCCCCGACAGUAAACAAUCGGUGGUGGGUGUCAUGAUACUGUAGCUAAUUUAAGAUAUAGUAAUAUUUAUUUUAUUUUUUGAGGGGAGAAAAAAA